UCAGCAUCACACACACUCGUCUCUCGCGGAGCGGAUGCUCAUCGACGCGCUUGCGUGUGUAGGAGUAGCGUGACGUGAUUGUUUUCACUCCCAUAUUCCCAAUAUCAUCUCGCAAGAUAACGGAUUUGGAAAACAUCACCAUCACAAGUGCAUCGAUCAUUGAAUGGAAAGUGGUUUAUUAGAUGCGAGUGGGCGCUUGCAUCGGCAACAUAUUCUUGGGUGAACGCGCCAGAAGGUUUUUAAAUAUUCAAGUUCACGUUGGUGAUCUGAAAAAAAAUCUCCAUGGCAGAAAACAAUUUCCCUCCUCUUCCACGGUUCAUUCCACUGAAACCAUGUUUUUACCAAGACUUCAACGAAAUCCCAGACCAGCGGCGUACGAUGUGCAAACGACUGUAUUACCUAUGGAUAUUGAAUAGUGCCACCCUAGCAGUGAACCUGAUUGGCUGUCUAGCAUGGAUGUGCGGAGGAGGCGGGGCAACCAAUUUUGGGAUGGCCUUUCUGUGGCUGAUACUGUUCACCCCAUGCUCAUACGUGUGCUGGUUUAGGCCCAUCUACAAGGCCUUCAAGACAGACAGUUCUUUCAACUUCAUGGCGUUCUUUUUCGUCUUCAUGGCACAGGUGGUGAUUAGCAUCAUCCAGACUGUAGGAAUCCCAGGAUGGGGAGUGUGCGGCUGGCUGGCUACCAUCACUUUUUUCAGCACUAAUAUUGGCUCUGCUGUUGUUAUGCUGAUUCCUACCAUAAUGUUCACUGCCGUGGCUGUUCUCUCGUUCAUUGCCCUCACCAAGGUUCACAACUUCUACCGUGGCAGUGGCGGCAGCAUGAGCAAGGCUCAGGAAGAAUGGACCACCGGCGCUUGGAAGAACCCUCACGUCCAGCAGGCAGCACAGCAGGCAGCUAUGGGGGCUGCACAGGGGGCCAUGCAGGGUCAACAAUACUCAGCCGCCCCAACCUACAACUAUGACGAGCCAAUGUAGAUCCUUUUCAGCCACAAUGGGGGGAGGGGCCAGAAACAGGGUAUUCGGGAGGGUGCUCCAGAGGGAUAAAGUCAGUGGUUGAAACGGGGGACGGGAGAAAAGAAAGAUACAUCAGACCAAUUUGAAUUCAAACAAAUUUCCACCAGUACAACAGCACAUAAGCUUUUGCUUAAACUGUGUGAUAGUUUAAGGAGUUGCUUUCGGUAUUUAGAACCCCUCAAUAGGAAAGUAUCAGUCUCGCCAUGUGGUAUUAAUGGCAGAUUUAAUUAACGGUUUUGUAGUGUUUCUCCACUUAUCGUAUUUCAAACAUGGCUGAACUAGAGCACCAGUAAGGAAACAUUCCAAAGCUCACUAUGUUUCUAUAGUAACUAGAUUCUCAGAUUCGUCUGUGUGGUAUUUGCAAGCCAGUUCUAUAUUUUGUUUGGCUGUUAGUAUUCAAGAACAUAUUUCGACUAUUUAACAAACGCCAUCUCUACUCUCACGUCUUACGAAUAAACGUACGUUUUAUGCACAGAGAGAUGAAAGGAUCAGCUUUUGGAAAUAAAUUUAAUGGUAUUUACUUGAUCUCGUAGUUGUAAAAGUAUAAACCCAGCUAACAGGUAACGUUCUCAGAACGUUCUAGCAACGUUCUCUCAAAGUUAAGAACAAAUGUUCUAGUAAUGUUCAAUGGGCCUCAUUCGUGAAACACAAGCUGAACAAAUUUUUGCAUAAUCGUUCGUAAAGCCAUUCUGACGUAAACUUUCGUAUUCAUAAAAAUGUUCGCAUUUUUAAAAUGUUAGUUAGUAUGAAGAACCGUACACCCUACAUGUAAAUCAUGUGUAAAACGUUCUCCCUGGGUAAAACACAGUACUCGUCACUGUCACUUUUUACCCAGCCGUCCAAUCAAUGGAGGAGGGGCGGGACAAAUACUACACCGACCAAUCAGUACCAUUCUACUUGUACUGGUUACUUAAUUUGUAUAUUUAUUAAUAUUCUUCAAAAUAACCACCAAAGCGUCUCAAGCGCCACCAGCUGGCUGUCUUCAGAAGAGCACCUGGUAUUUUUUCAGCUGACUUUGGUGGACACAUGUUAAUUGAAUAUUUCAUUCAUGAAAUGCGAGCAGAACAAUUUUUUGCGUAAAUCGUUCGUGAAGCUGUUCUGACGUAAACUUCAGAAUUCGUGAAAAUGUUUGUUUUUUUAAAUUGUUAGCUCGUAUGAAAGAAAUGUACACCUGCUCCAUCAUAGCAACCAAAGCGUCUCAAGCGCCACCAGCUGGCUGUUUUCAGAAGAACGCCUGGUAUUUUUUCAGCUGGCUAAAACACUUUGGUGGACACAUGUUAAUUGAAUAUUUCAUUCAUGAAAUGUGAGCAGAACUAAUUUUUGCAUAAAUUGUUCGUAGCUGUUCUGACGUAAACUUCCAAAUUUGUGAAAAUGUUUGUUUUUUUAAAUUGUUAGCUCGUGUGAAAAAAAAAAAAAAAAAAAGUACACCCCCUCCAUCAUAGCAACCAAAGCAUCUCAAGCGCCACCAGCUGGCCAUUUUCAGAAGAGCACCUGGUAUUUUUUCAGCUGACUAAAACACUUUUGGACACGUUAAUUGAAUAUUUCAUUCAUGAUAUGCGAGCAGAACAAAUUUUUGCGUAAAUUGUUCAUAAAGCCGUUCUGACGUAAACUUCCGAAUUCGUGAAAAUGUUUGUAUUUUCAAAAUGUUAGCUCUUAUGAAAGAAAUGUACACCUCCUCCAUCAUAGCAACCAAAGCAUCUCAAGCGCCACCAGCUGGUUGUUUUCAGAAGAGCAUAUGACAUUUGUUCAGUUUGCUAAAAAUGCUUUGGUGAACACACAUUAAUUGAGUAUUUAUUGUUAGUCAUAUGGCUUAUUAGCCUUUUUUUGCAUUUAUGCAAUAAACCGGAGACAAACCUGAGAAAGGAGUCCAGAAUAUUCCACUUCGUUCCUGGACACAUAACUGACAUAGCUGUAAUUCAUAGGCCUCAUUCAUGAAACGCAAGCAAGUUUCGGCGUAAAUUUUUGCGUAAAUCGUUCAUAAAUCCGUUCUGCCGUAAACUUUUGAAUUGUGAAAGUGUUCAUAUUUUCAAAAUGUUAGCUGGUACAAUAGAAGUGUACACCUCCUCCAUCAUAGCAACCAAAGCAUCUCAAGCGCCACCAGCUGGCCAUUUUCAGAAGAGCGCCUGCCAUUUUUCAGCUGACUAAAACACUUUGGUGGACGCACAUUAAUUGAAUAUUUCAUUUAUGAAACACGAGCAGAAGAAAUUUUUACGUAAAUCGUUCAUAUAUCCAUUCUGAAGUAAACUUUCGAAUUUGUUAAAAUGUUCAGAUUUUCAAAAUGUUAGCUGGUACAAUAGAAGUGUACACCUCCUCCAUCAUAGCAACCAAAGCGUCUCAAGCGCCACCAGCUGGCCAUUUUCAGAAGAAUGCCUGGCAUUUUUUGAGCUGGCUAAAAACACUUUGGUGGAUGCACGUUAAUUAAAUAUUUAUUGUUAGUCAUUUUACCUUAUUAGUCUUUGUUGCAUUUAUGCUACAUAGAGCCAAACCUGUGAAGGGAGUCUGGAAUAUUCCACUUUGUAACUUAUAGACCUCAUUCUUAAAAAAUGAGAAUGAAUUUUUGCACAAAUUGACAUAAACUUUCAAAUUUGUGAAAAUGUUAGUAUUUUCAAAAUGUUAACUAACUGGUAUGAAAGAAAUACACCCCCUCCUAUCACGUAAAUGGUGUGUAAAACUACCCUAAUAAUAUUUUACAAGAUUGUUUCCCAAUCAGUGGGGGAGGGGCAGGACAAAUACUACACCGACCAAAAAAUAGAUGAUAGCAUGUUACUGUCAAAGUACAGUAAUAUCGUAAUGUUACUUACGUAGUUGUAAUUCAUUUGCGGGGAUUAUGCUAAUUGUGAAUGAGCAUGCACGCGCACUAUUUACGAAUGAUUGGAAUUCAUUAACAUAUACAUGUUUAACUACCAAAUCUGUGGUGUGCGAACCAUUUGUGAAUCCAGAAGAGAGUUUUUGUAAAAGUCCGUUUUUUAUGUGCAAAUUUCACGAAUGAGGCCCAAUGUUCGUUUGGCUUGUACUAAUGUUCUCAAUUGUUCAUACAAUGUUAUCCAUACACCGUUCUUGGAACGUUUUUCUUCUAAAAUGUUUCAGUUAGAUAUUCAUCUAACGUUUUUUUAAAUAUUACUACAUAUUUCAGAAUGUUAAUGUUCAGGGAAUGUUCCGUUAACAUUCGUAUAACCAAAAAAAAAAAAAAAAACGUAAUGUUCUGAGAACGUUUACAAAUAACGAUUUCGAAACUUAAUGGAAAUGUCAGCAAAACGUUCUAAGAACAUAUUUUUGUUAGCUGGGAAGUUUAUAAGCGUUGCAUUGUUUGUGAUGAGCACUUUACGUCAAGUGCAAGUACAAAGAAAGUUUGUUUUCAUUUUCUGUGAAGGUACAGGCAAAGCCAUAUGUUUACGUCAUUUUAGUUGUUACGUAUUUUCGUUUGCGUUAAAAAUUGUUGACAUUUUAGUAAGUGCAGUUGGUUGGGUUUGUUAACAUUGUUUUAUUUACCUCAGGAUUUAAUCGUCUCAUUUUACUGCUGAUGUACUGUAGCCGAGCUUCGGCUAACGAAAUCGAUCCGACGAAAUAUUUGUACGUGUACAUGUUGUACGUUUGUACAUUAGCUCUCGAAUAGAGUAAAUAUUUAAUCUGCUCUUAGCUACAGGCUUGUUAUAUAUUUCAAUCCAUUAUGAUCUGAAUCUGCAACGAAGGCUGAUAUUUUAACAUUAACAUUGUCACAGAAAUCAUAAGUGUUGUUUUGCGUAUAAUCUCAGAUUGAAUUUCAGUAAUGUCUGUAAAAUAUGGCUUCUGGGUGGUUUAUUCCCCACUGGUUUAAACGCUACAACUAAAGCACAUUAUGAAGUUAUAUUGUCUCAAGUACAAUAUAUAUAUCAUAUUAAUUAUUGAUUGCUCUCAUAGUGACGUUACGUCAUGUCUGAUAAUCUUUCAGUACUUUUUUCAGAAAACGUUUGCUCUAUUAUGCCUUGAAAAGCAAUUUCUGUGUGAAAUUUCUGAAUUACUGAUAUUUAGAGAUUAUUUGAACUCUUCCAGAUCUGAAAAUUGUGGAUUUGUAAUAUAUAGUAGAACAUUUAUUUAGAUUCGUUGUUCCAAUUCAACUGAAUUUACAGACUGAGGAGCUGGUUAGCGACGAAUAGAUGGUUGGCUGUGGAACUGGGUCAUAGUUAUAUGAAAAUGAAGUAUGAAAUAGAUUAAAAUAAUAGUGUACAGUAUAUGUAAUAUGUCAUCUCAGUGUCUCUAUCAAGGCUGUAAAAUACUUUCAACCAUUUCAAGAACUGUGAAACUUCAAUACGUUCGGUUCAUGUAUGUUUGGGGAGUUUUCUAUGUGCUUUUUUGUUCCUGUAAAGAUCUUUUUGUUGAAUGUGUGUAUUUUGAGCGUAACUUGUUCCACAAUGUGAUGUUUAGUACACUAUUGUGGCGUUUGGUAAGACAGGACUUCCUGUGCAAAGCUUUGGCUGAGGUUUCGUCCCUAACUGACAUCCACAGUCCUCUUGCGCCCUCUGGUGGACUGGAUGUAUACAACUUUACCUGUUUGUUUUCUAACAGUCACCUAAUAAGAAAACACUGACAGAAGCAAUAUCGAAUAUCUGUCAUGCAUGAUCUGAUCACAUCAACAAGCGUGAAUGUUAUAUUUCAGCCGCACCAGCAAAAGCUAAGGUCACUGUCCUUUCCAAGACCCACCAUGUCUUUUUUUUUUUUUUUUUUUUUUUUUUUUUUUUUUUAUGUGCCCUGAUCUUCAUGCAUAUGUAUCCCAAUAAUAGAUAAAGCCUUGUUCAUACUGUAAAGUUAAGUGAGUGGAAAGAUGCCAGUAGAGUAACACAAAACAGAUAGUUGUCUUUGUAUAGUGAGUUGUGUGUGGUGCUUGGUAAAUUUGUGAAUUGAACCAAACCUUGUGCCAUGUGUACAAAGGCACUCCGUAUGUGUGUAGAUGUUCAUUAUUUUGUCACGUCUAAAGUGGAAUGUAUUGUUGACUUGGAGACUCAGUCCAACUACAGUACAUUUUACGGGUUUUUAUUUGCUUUUUUGUAUUUUUUCCUUGACUUAUAAGGGUCAAACGUUUAAAUUAUUUUGUACUAAUAUCAAUUUAGCCAUAUUUUCCCUCUCAGCUACUUCGUGUAGUGUACUUAAUUUGUAUUUAAUGCAAUGCAAACACCUUAACACGUUAAGUUUCCUGAGAAAAACUGUACUUUGAAAUCAAUCAAUCAUGCAAACAUGAAGCUCAAUAGUUGUGAUUUCUGAAGGUGGUUGUUUUUGAAGUUUCAAAUGAAUUGUUUUUUGGUUCAUUUUGUAUUACUUUUAUAUUAUUUUGUCUCUCCCUGAUGGAUAAUAAACAUAUAAUGUUGCA